AUGGCACAACCACGAUCACGUAUUUCAUCGAUAAAUACAACACCUGACUCAGACAAUGAUAAUAACUGUUGGAAUAAUAAUGUAACAAAAUCGAAUCGACGUUUAUCCGACAGUAAUAAUAUAAAUAAUGAUCGAAAAAAUGUAAAUAUUGUUCGUGUAUUGAAAAAGUUUUUUUAUGGAAAACAAAAACUAUCGACAGCACAUUUAAAUGAUGAAGAUGUUGAUUUAUCACCAACAACUCCGUUAAAUGAAUCACAGAUGAACAAUUAUUCACAACAAUAUCCCUUGUUUAUAUAUCCUUGCUUACAAUAUGAAAAGCAUGCUAAAUUUUCUGGUGAAUUAUUGUUUCAGUGGUUAACGAUUAGUUUUGAAAAUCAGAAUUCUUUUACUGAAAAUUUUAUAAAAGAAAUUAUUAAACAAUGUUGUACAUGCUUAUUAGCACUUGGUGUUUUAAAAUUAGAUGAUCCAAAUAUGGAUGAAGAUAAUCAACACAUGUUUAAUGUACAAAAUUUGUACAGUUGGACAACACAUAAUAAUAAUGAACACGAACAUAUUGAUCAAACGUCAACAACAAUGGAAGCUGAUACAACCGUUGUUGAUCAUCAAAAAAGUUCAUUACCAACUAUUUAUGAUAUACUGAGUUUAAAAACUCUUUUAUACCAUCAGAGUCAUCAAGCGACACAAACGGAAUUUGACAAUGAAAAACCUUUAAGGAUUCGAAAUAAUUUGUUAUUAACAACCAUGAAUAAUGGAGGAAUAAUUGCAAAGAAAACAUCACGUUCAAAUUCAUUACCUAAUUAUAUUUAUUUUCAACAACAAGAACGCUGUUUACAUCCUAAUCAAAAAUCAUUAUCAACAACCGAACAAUUACCAUUGUUAGUUCCUGUUCAACAGCAAAAACAAGAACAAUCUUUGGUUCCACGUUUACAACUUCAUUCAUUACUUACACGUGGAAAAUCAUUGGAUUAUUAUUUAUCAAGAAGUAAACGUUAUUUAAAACGAGAUGAAUUAUCAGUGUUAUUCACAAUGUUAGUUACACCACCUACAUCGGCAACAUACAAUAACGACAACGAUCGUCCACGUUUAUAUGCUUUAACUGCUCCACAAAAUCGUGAUAGUGUCCGUUCAAAUAUGAACGUAUUAAAGUGUUGCAGUAAUACAUUACCAAAUUCAAUUACAACGGGAAAAAAUUCGAUUGCACCUAUUUCUUCAAUUGUCAGAUUGGAAAAUAGUGAAAAUAAAAUACCAGAGCAAACAAAAUCAAUAGCAGCAAAUAAAAUUGUAUCUCAUCGUAAUAAAAAAAACACCACAAUAGUAACAACAACGAAUGGAAUAAAACGACAACAAUCAAAAACAAAAUCAGACAAUAAAAAGACUUGUUUCGUAGAUAAUAAUGAUAUUCAUAAUGUAAUGAAUAAUUUAUUAGACUCAAUUGAAGAGACGAUUAAAACGGUAUCAUCGCCACCUUCGUCGAUGACUCAAGAUGAAAUAAACGUUCACACAUCUGAUAUUGUCUCGGAAGUAGUAGAAAAUCAAAACACUGUUAAAACAACUGAUGAAAAAGAACAAAAUGAUGUUGAAUAUGUGAAUCCUUGUAAACAUCAAUCAAUUUGUCCAUCGGUGCCUCCGGUCGUUACCGUUUCAUUCAUUCCACCUCCUCCAGCACCGCCUCCCUUUUUUUCCUCAUUGAUACCACCACCCCCUCCUUUCCCAAAUUUUUCUUAUUCUAUUCCUCCAGCACCACCAAUGAUGAUGGGUAAUGGUCCACCACCGCCACCCCCACCCCCACCGCCACUUGCUCCAUUUAUGAGUCAAAAUCAAAAUGGUUCAGUCAUUCCUCCACCGCCACCAUUCUUUCCUAAUUCUCUUGGUAAACCUAUUCUACCAUUCAAAAAACCCAAUCGCCGGAUAUAUGAUCCUCAAAAAGAUGUCAAACCAUUAUAUUGGAAUAAAAUUGUCUUGAAUGUAAAUCAUUCUGAUGCCAUUUGGUUAAAUAUUGAAGAACCAACAUUUGAUGAAGAUUCAUUAGCAAAGAUGUUUGAAAAACCUGUUAUUAACUCAUCAAAAAAGGCACCACCAGCCGAUCAACAUUCUACUACACUAUCAACAAAAUCUUCCACUGGAAAAGAAACUAUUAAACUUUUGGACGAAAAGCGUUCUCGUGCAAUUGGUAUAUUUAUUUCAUCUCGACAUUUGGAUGUACAAACAAUAAAAGACUAUUUGCUAAAAUGCGAUACAUCAUGUAUGAAUAUUGAAACGUUAACGGGUGUAUAUAAUAAUCAACCAACUGACGAUGAAAUUCAGUUAUUAGAACCAUAUUUAAAUGAUAAUCAAGCACUAGAUAAACCGGAACUAUUUUUGACUGGUUUAUUAAAAAUUCCUUGCAUGUCUGAUCGUUUACAUUGUCUCGUAUUCGAAAUAUCCUUCAAUGAAACAUUGAGUUCAAUUGAUGCACAAUUAAAUACAUUAUUAACAGCGUGUGAUGAACUAAUACAUUCAACGUCAUUAAAACAAUUAUUGGGUCUCAUAUUGGCUAUUGGAAAUUUUCUGAAUGCUAAAAAUAAUUCGCGUGGAUGUGCAGACGGUUUCGGUUUAAAUAUUCUGCCAACAUUAAAAGAUGUUAAAACAAAAGAUAAUUGCUCGACAUUAUUAAAUUAUCUAGCGGAACAAUAUAUUAAACAAUUUCAAAUGAAAAAACUAAAUGCAUUUACCAAUAUGGGCAACGAUUUAAUCAGCAGUUCAAACGAAUCUCUAACCACUGCUCCAUUACGAUCAAAAUCUCAAUUAUCUCCAACAUUAACCAAAACAAAUAUGCCAAAUAUUACAAAAUUUCAAUUACCUGUACCCGAACCAUCAGAUCUGUUAACUGCAUCAAAUGUUAAUUUUGAUGAAAUUGAACGAUGCAUUGAAAAUUUACGUACUAAAUUAAAUGAAUGUCAACGACGUGCUGAUUUAGUUAAAGAUGAAUUAGAUAAAAAUUUUGAACAACACGAUGAUGAUGAUCGAUUUUGUCAACAUGUAACAACAUUUCUAAUUAAAGCACGACAAGAACACAGUGAAACAAAUAAACAAUUUAAAAAAGCAAAAUCUCGAUUUCAUGAUACAUGUAAAAAAUUUUGUAUUAAAGCAAUAACAACAUCAUCGACAAACUCUUCUUCUACUCCAUCGACAAAUAAUGAUGAAAUGGAUCCAAAAGAAUUUUUUAAAUUAUGGCACGGAUUUUGUAAUGAUUUUAAAGAUGCAUGGACAAAAGAAAAAGCAAAAUUACUUAAAAAUAGAAAUAUCCAGUCGUCCGAGAAAAAGACUCAAGAUACUCCCGAUAGAACAAAAAUUCAAACUUUAAUUGAUAAACGUGUAAACAAUCGUGGUUUAACACCAGACAAAUUUACGUUAAAAAAACGUUCACAAUCGUGA